UUUUCAUGUAGGGUCAUUACAGAAGAUGCUACCACAUUUGCUUGUCUGUUAAAAGACCUGGACUCUCCAUCUCCUUUGGGUACCAUUGAUGCUGUUUAUACAUCCAAGUUUAGUUUGAUGGACUAUCUGGAGGAUAAAGAAAGACCUCUGCCUGCAAUUCACAUAAAACGUCGCAACCUUUCCAAGUCUCCACCCUUGCUGACUAAACUUGAUGCAUCACCAAGUCACAAGCACAAAAGUUUUAGGAAAACCUUCACCAAAGCCACAUCCAAGAUAUUCUCACGGAAGUCUGUGGCAACCAAGGCUGCCAGUAGCGCAAAUAUGGUAGCUGAUGCAACCAAUCUGAAUGCUGUUCCUGGUGCAGGCACCAGACAGGAAUCAGCAGGUUAUAGAACAUCUGUAGCAUCUAGCACCGAUACAGGCGAUGAACAUGACACAGACAUUGAGGACCCAACACCCCUACCCCCACCACGCCCACGGCACUGGGCUAGGAGGGCUAAAGAACAGUCCAUGGCCCCUGAAAGUAGCUCAGCGAAGCUUACUGAAGAGCAAAGCAAACCUGAUGAUCCCUCGUCACCAAGCGAUUGGUCAAAAUCUGUUCCACAGUUUCCACUGCCGACUUUUAAGCCUACCAUCCAAAAUUCUCACAGUGAAGUGUCAUUGGCUUCUCAAGAGGAGCUCACUGAAGUCAUCAACUUUCUCUCGGGUGCACCAAUCAAACUUCGACUACUAAGUGAAGACGACACCAAUCCCAGCAUGGCAGAAAGUCACAUGACACCUGUCGACAGUGGUUUGGGAAGCAUAUACAGUGCAGCCUUGAGUAGCAUUACGCAGGCUAGUACUGCGCCAACAUGUGCAGGUGAAAAAACGGACAACAAGGAAUCUCUGGAUGAGGUAACAGCAUCUUGUAGCCAAUCAGAAACCAAGGAAAGAGCUAAAACUCCUGAUGUGGAUUCGUGUAAGAGUGUAGAGCCUUCCAAAAGAAUGGUUACCAUAGAGACACAGACCUCUCUUUCAUCUGAAGUGGGUCCAGUAUUGUUAGUGAAAUCUGCAGAUUCCGCCAACAAGGAGCAAUGCAGGCCUCCCUCACCAGCCAGUGAUGAGCAGAAAAAUCAACCAUCAAACAGCGAAGGAGCUGAUGAGAAGAUUCAAAGCCCUGUGUUGCCAGAAAAUGACAGCAAAACAAAAAGUGGGCCUAAAACUACUGAUGAUGGCGACGACAAGAGUGAUACUCCUCAACCAUCACCUGCAUCACAAGCCAAGGAAAAUGCUAUUGAUGCAAGUGUCUCUAGUCCAAACAGUGUAUCCAAGGCUGCUUCACCCAAGUUGAGUGUGGCAAAUGAUGAACAGACUAAAGCAAGCAAGACGCCCAGUCCUGUGUUAGUGACGGUCAGCUCAGAGGAGUGUGAUGGCGAUAAAACAUUGUCCAUCAGUGAGAGCCUUAGGAGUGUAUGGGAAAAAGCCAGUCCUCCGUCAGAUGGCUCUGAUAGUGGUAACACCAAUCCUGAGGGUUCACCGCUUCGCAAGAAGGACAUGCACGGCUCGCAGGACACUCUGUACCACAGCUGCUGGUCCCUGUCGGAUUUCCCCGGCAAGGAGAAGAGUGAUGAUGGUAAUGAAGAUGCUAAGAGUCUGAAUGAGAGUUUGCUACCAAGUAAUUCAGGCCCAGGUCUUCUGGACCUCGGUUUGAAGUGGUCAAGUUACGGAAGCAGUAUCCAUGGUAACCCAGUCUGGGCCAACAUUCCCAAUGCUUCUGGUAGCAACUGGAAUCAAUCCCAGGAAUCCCUGAGCACGGACAGGUUAGGACGAGGGAAGACUGUAUUCUCUCUAGGGCUGGGAAUUACUGGACCCGACUUGCUGGCUGCCGCUCGUGGAGGAAGUUGUGAAGUAAUGCCCAGUGAAAAUGUUUCCUUUAUGCCAAAUGUCGGAAAGCCUUGGAGUACGGAGGACUUGGCGCAGAAGAAUCCUUGGUCAACCCGAGAAUCUUCCCCACCCCUGUUGUGGGCCAAGACGACGUCAUUAACAGAAGACACUUUGAGGCCAUCGCACCACCGCCCCCCUCUCCCACCACAGCACUACAGCGACCCCUUCCUCCCGAGGGAGAACUGGUGGCCACAGGGGAGGGGUGCUGCCGCUUUGGGUUAUCACCACCCCUCCUACGCAAGGUAUCAUACGAAUCUUCAGCGGCAGCGUGCUUUUGACAACAUGCCAUACGGAAUGUCGGGAAGUUUGCAGAGGGGCCGUGGGGCAAUGGGCGCACAGUCGGCGUUUAAACCGGUUCAAACAGGUUUUCGUAAGCAAGGACAGCAGGCUCAUCUGCAGGUACCUUCUCACUACGCGGCGGGGCAUGGGUCGCAUCACAAUUCGAACCCCCGCUUUUAGUUACAGAAACGGGGAAGACCCUAAAAAAGGAAUUGUAGCUGGUGUAAUUUUAUCGGGUAUUAAUCAAGGAUGUAGUGUUGAAA